AUGGCCUCUCGGUGCGCAGCGCCGCGGGUAGUUCCGACUUCUCUAGAUCCACUCGACUGUUCUGGCCAGUGGCCCGCGCGGUUCACCAUCGCAGGACGUCAAACGCAGCGCUUCUCUGAGUGUGACGGGCAGGCGCUCAGCCACUGCGCGCACGUCGCUGUUUGCGCCAUGAAGCCCGCGGGCAGCGCCGUGAGUGGCAGCCGCACGCGCGUAUGUGCGCAACAUGCUCGUGCCGCGUUCGAUGGCGCAGCUAGGCGCGCCCCCCUAGUUGCGGUGCCACGAGGCGCGCGCCCCACCGGCCGCAGGCGUGACCACGGAGCGGCCGCGGCCGUGCCGGCUCACCACGCUGCGCAGAACAUCGCAUCCAUCGCAGCGGGCGCAGCGGCCGCGGAGCCGUCGUCGUCCGUGGCCACGUUCGUCGCGGUGGCAGCCGCGGUGGGCGGCGCGCUCCUGCUUGGCAAGCUCGCGAAGCCCGCGCUGCGCAGCACGCUGUGGCCGGGCGCGAAGCCCGUCUCCCGGUGCCCGUUCGGCUUCGACGAGGCCCCCGAGGACCUCGGGGCGCCGUUCCUGGGCCACAUGGCGAGCUUCAUGGCGGACCCAGUGCUUAUGGCCAAGGGUCUGAUCGACAAAUACGGACGGCACUUCCGCGGGUACAUCAUGGGCUUCGGGCACUACAUGCAGAUCUCCGACCCCGACGAGAUGAAGAAGGUGCUCAGCACGGAGUGGUCGGAGUCGGGCAAAAUCAUGGCGGGGGCCGCCGCGUGGCCCGACAGCGUCAACGACAUCCUCGGGCACGACAGCCUGAACGCGGACGAAGAGAACCACACAGAGCGGCGCGCGAUCCUGGCGCCGGCGUUCGAGCCCGCGGCGGUCGCGGGGUACCUGCCGGCCAUCCAGGCGCUGGCGGAGCGCACGCUGGCGUCGUGGUCGUCGCGCGGGGGGGAGCCGCUGGAGGUGUACGACGGCGCCAAGCUGUUCGCGUUCGAGAUCAUCGUCAAGGUCGUCCUGGGAAUGGACCUCACCGACGACGAGCUCGCCGAGUUCAACGCCGAGUACAAGACGCUGGUCGGGGGCCUCUUCCUGCCCGUCACUCCGGGCAUUCCGGGCUCGCCGUACGUCAAGGCGAUGGAGGCGCGCAAGCAGGUCAUCAAGCGCAUUGGUCCGCACAUCGACAAGGUCGCGGCGGACCUCGCGUCGGGCGCGGUCGAGAAGCCGACGGUCAUCCACAACCUGGUCGCGGAGUCGCAGCGCACGGGCAACGGCAUCCCGCGGCAGGCGCUGAUCGACAUCAUGAUCGUGCUGCUGUUUGCGGGGCACGACACGUCGACGUCGGCGAUCACGAUGAUCACGCAGCAGCUGGCGCUGCACCCGGAGUGGGUGCCGCGGCUGGUGGCCGAGCAGCGGCGCGUCGUGGAGAAGCGCGGGGCGCAGAUCACGUCGGCGUGCCUGAGCGACAUGGCGGAGCUGGACGCCGUGGUGCGCGAAACGCUGCGGGUGAAGAGCCCCGUGGCGGGGGCGUUCCGCGUCGCGGGGGAGGACAUCGACAUGGGCGGGUGGUCGAUCAACAAGGGCGAGAAGCUGCUGGUGACGAUGACGGCGUCGAACUACUUCGACAAGAAGCAGUUCAUGCCCGGGGACGACACGGGAACCAAACACAUGGAAUACGUCGAGGGCUGGGACCCCGAGCGCUGGCUGGACCGCUCCCGCCGGCCCAACUACAUCAUUCAGUUCGGGCUGGGUCCGCGGCGGUGCCUCGGGAUGAACUUGGCGAUGGCGGAGAUGAAGGUGCUGUUUGCGGUGAUGAUGCGGGGGUAUGACUUUGAGUGCAAGGACGCGUCGGUCAAGUGGAAGGGCGGGCCGAUCGGGAUCCCCGCGCACGGCCUCCCGACGGUGUUCUCCGCGCGGAGCAACCAGGAGGGCCUGGUCGGGCACGGCGUGCAGGAACCCGCGGCGGUGUGA